UCUCUCAUCAUGUGGAGAGUGUUAGUCCUCGUCAUUCUGACUCCGUGUGUGCUGGCAGAUACCUGCUCAGGUCGUUGUGGGGCGGGUCAUGACCCCAGUAAGACGUGUCAAUGUAACACUCACUGUGUAACCUAUGGAGAUUGCUGCGCUGACUAUCACACCCUCUGUACACAACAGACUUGUACCGGAAGAUGUAAUGCCGCCCUAGACAACAGCAAACCCUGUCAAUGUAACAGCGCGUGCGUCAAUUUCGGUGAUUGUUGCCCGGACUAUCAAACGUUGUGUGUUGAUGGAGGCACUCCAGAUAUAACCUGUGACAUCAGCUGCCUUGCCAACCAACUGUGGGACAAUGACGUCAACAGAGUUCAAGUUUGGGAGUACGAGGUCAACCACCAGGGGCAGACAACUACAUCCAGUACAUCAGACGAAGCCGCUCAAAAAUUAUUUACCUAUCUUCAAGAAGAAACCGUGUUCCAGAAGCCAACGUAUCGAACAUUUAUUGCUUUGUUGGACAACUACACACCAAGCACAUCACAAACAGAGAGUCAAGGCAGUGCAGAAUGGGUGGAAAUUGACGCCUUCCUGGACGCUAUACUAGCAACAGAUAUCAUGAACCACCUUUACAACUUCCUCGUGGAGCAUGGUCACGUGACGGACGCUGCUUCCUACAGAGAAGUACUAAAGGAGCUGUGGUUUAACCUAUACGCCAGAUCCAGCAGCGGACCAAUCAACAGCAGCGGAUUUGAACACGUGAUGGUUGGAGAGACUUCAUCAAAAGUUUCUGGUUUUCAUAACUGGAUUCAGUUUUAUUUAGAAGAAAAGAAUUCCGCCAUUAAUUACCAAGGCUGGGUGUCCAGAAAGCAGCCUCUCAAUAUUGUUGCUGCGAGAUUUACCUGGAAUGGUCUGUCUAAAGCCAAAGGAUCGUUCUUUGUUGGUGUAAGUCCGGAGUUUGACAUCGCCAUCUACACAGCAUGCGCACUGACCAGGCCAAAUGCUAUCUGUUCCUUUGCAAUGGCGGGAAACUCACUUCAAAUCCAGACAUACGAUGUAGCACAUAAAACUGGCCUGCAAGUGGCAACCGCCUAUCCAAAUAUUUAA